AUGGCCGAGACUGCCCGCUCUCCGGCGCCAUGGCGCGCCAGCUUCCUUGCCCACGUCAAGGACAUGGACGAGCCGUCUUUCAACCUGAGCACCCUGCACCGCAUUGACGACACGACAAUCGUGCCGCGGUCGCGCACGGUGAUUUACAGAGGCAUGUGGGCCGACAUGCCCGUCAACUCCAAGAACCAGGCCGAGCUCAACCCAAAGGGGUUCGAGAGCGACCUACCCACCCUCACCACUGACGCGCGCAUGGAGAAGGUGCCCGAGAUGCUCAAUUCGGGACGGGAUAAUGGCAAGGAGCCGAUGCAAAGCGGCAAGGGCGGGCCCAUUGAGGCCGUGUUCUGGUGCUCCAAGGCGAAGACACAGUGGCGCCUACGAGGACAUUCCUACAUCAUCGGUCCGGACAUUGGGAGUGAUGCGGCGGCACCUGUACGCGCCGCCGUCGAGAGGCACAUGCGCGGAUCCGGCAACGAGUUCAGUUUUACACGCGAGCUGACGGCGCAUUUUGGCAACUUGUCGCCCAUGAUGAGGGGGACAUUUCGCAAUCCGCCACCGGGGACGCCCUUGAGCGAGACGCUGUCUGCAGGAGAGGCCCUGGGCCAAAAGGUGGAGGAUCUGGACGACGCGGUUGCGAGGAAGAACUUUCGGGUGGUGAUUAUCGUGCCCGAGGAGGUGGACCAGGUGGACCUGUCCGAUCCAGAGCGAGUGAGGAGGUGGAGCUACAUGCAUGUGGGCGAGGGCACUGCCGGGUCGUGGAAGAUCACUGAGACGUGGCCGUGA